AGAGCCCUAAGCUGUUUUACUGCUGGUGCUCCUCUUUCUUUGCUUCUUAGUUGAAAAUCUGUUUAUUCGCUCCGAGAAUGCUUGAAGUGAACUGCAGCAACAUCGAGUUUGAUGAGGUGGCCGUAAACGACAUUCCAACCUAUCGGCCGAUUCGAGUACGAAACAAAACCGAUACUCCAUUGUCUGUCAGCAUCGCUUCCAGCAGCUCGUUGCUGCGCUUCCAGUUGCACAACGAAAACUAUGACGCCAUCCAGCAGGUUGGAUUGCGCGACUCUCUCUACGUAUACGGCGAAGCGUUUGAUCUUGUCGGCCUCAUCACAUCCUUUGAGCUUGCCCCACAUGAAGAAAAACAAAUGGUAGUUGCCUUCCGCGCCGAGCCUGCUGCGUUUUCUCAUCUCGUUACGGGUGCACAGGCAACUUCUUUCAUCGGCACGGUGCAGCUCACGACGACCAGUGUGCAGCCAGCGCCACCUUCGACGCUUCGAGACAACGCCGAAGACACAACAGGUGACGAUGCAGCGCAGGUAGCGUCACCGACUUCUUCUUCUUCGCAGCAGAGCACCAGAUCCUUCACGAUUCCUUUUCGGGCCAACGUGUACGUCUCCUUUCUGAAGCUCUCUUCUACCGAAAUUCAGGUCGCUAUGGCACCCAAUAAAACGCAGGUUGCCGACUUUGUCGUCACCAACACCUCCUGCCAACCGGUACUGUUUCUGAUUCGCGAUCAACCGAUGCCGCUGAAAGGCCUGGAUGUUGCCCUCUACGAAGCCGACAAGUUUGAGGAUCCGAAGCUGGGGCACCGCAUUUUGCUGGACAGCUACGCGUCCAUGACAUUCUCGCUGAUGCUGCGCUCUGGUGGGGCGAACUCGAACGUGCAGCAGCAGUAUCACACCGUUCUCCAGUGUGACAACUUGCGUGACAACCGCAACUCAACGUUCGUGUACGUCAACGUCAACGUCGGGACAGAAGCACAGGGCGACAUUUUGGCGCUGCUGGAUACAUCGAUCGACUUCGGCGAUGUGUAUCGCGGCACGAAAGCGCUAGCGCAACUCCGUGUUCAAAAUGUUGACAGUCGUGAGGACGUUGUCGUGCGACUCGCCGACACCGAUCGACGCAAGUACGACGGCAAGUUCUCGUUGAUGAAGGGCAGCGCGACGGUGGAUGAGCUGACAAUCGCGGCGCAGAAAGGGAGUCCGUCCACGGCUAUCACGCUGAUGUAUCAACCUUCCUACGACGCCGAAAACAGGGAGGCAGCAAAGAAGAGGUUUGAAGUCGAACUGCUCGCUGAAUCGACAAGCCGCGUCAGCAGUCAGCGUGCGGUGAUUCGAUGUGCGGCGAUGCUCUAUACGAGUAACAUCGUCGUGUCUCAGCACUCCGUCAACUUUGGUGACUGCCAGGUCGGCCAGAGCAAACGGUACACCUUUCAGAUUGAAAACCGCUCGCCCCUCCAAGGGAAGGUCGUCGUGCAGCUGCGCAGCAAGAUUAUUCAAAUCGAGGGAAUCCUGCACACAAACAAAAGCGCAGGCCGAGAGCUGCGCGAGGAGUUCACCAUUGCGCCGUCAGCGUCACUACCUCUCACGCUGAGAAUAACACCGCAGCGUGUGAAUCCAAUGUAUCGCAAGCAGCUCACCAUUAUCAACGCGUCCAAUCCGGCGGAGGACCGGCAGGUGAUGAACAUCGAGGCAAACAACAUGUCACCAGUUGACACAAAGUUGCAUGACGAGUUGUACUCGUGGAAAUGCGAUCUUGAUGGCAGUGGCAACAACAGCGGCGGCACCGAUGUCGCUGACACUCGUCACGGGCCGUCCACGCUGUGGGCAAUCUCAAACGUACCGCUGCUCGUUCCGUACAGUGUGCAGUCGAAGGUGAAUCGUGAGGUGGUGCUCAACCUGCGCUCGUCGUCGCCGGAGAUCGAAGUUUUCUACUCCACCGAUGUCGUCCUGUGCGACAAACUAGGCGAAAUAUCAGCGGAACUCCGUCGGCUCUGCUUGUACGGCGAAGGCGAGGACUCCAGCUAUCUCACAAACGAAUCCGCCGAGCAGCUCUUCAAGGCGCGUGCGAUACUCCUGAAGUUGCUGAGCGAAACGUCACACAACAUUACGAACCGCAUUGCUUUAGAGCCGAACGCGUCGCUGAAGGCGUACGCGCUGAUUAUUCGUACUGCCUGCCCAACAGAGCCAGUGACGAAGGAGGACGGCAUUUCCAUCGCCGUGGACGGAAUUGAGGCGCCGCGGUUUGUGCGUUUGUCCUAUCGGCUGUGCGGCACAACGUUCGAGCUGAGCGGCCAGAAGACGAAGAACUUUGGCGAGGUGAAUAUUGGCGUGAAGAAGACUACGAAGUUACCCAUCGUAAAUCGGUGUAACUCAUUUCUGUUUCUGCAGCUAUCGAAGUCGCGUUCCGUCACGGCGGAGCACAUUCGGAUGGAGCACAGCGAUAAGCAAUCCAUUUUUCUCACGAUUCGUCCGUACGCGUCACGCGAGAUCGAGCUCACCCUGUAUCCUGGCAUCAAGGGUGUGCUGCAGGAGAAGAUACACGUCACGAACAUUCUCAACAUUCAGAACUCAAUCACGGUGACAAUCAAAGCAGUCGUGACGAAGGCAGAUACGUUUGAAAUCAGUCCUGACUCGUGGGUGUUCGAGAUGAUGGUGCCACCGUCGGCGAACGUGACGUCGCUCAUGGCCCCCUCCGCGGCACCGGCUGCUUCCAGUAACGGGACAGAUGACCGCACAGGUGGGAGUGGUGGCGGUGCAAGCUCAGGCGCUGCGUCGAACGCGCGUGUGGGUGCGAAGUUCACCGUAACAAAUACGAGUAACUCGCGACGGCAAAUUAUUGUGCGCGUGGAACUCAGCAAUUCGAAUUCGGCGUCAGGCGUGACCGCGUCGAAUCCGUACCUUGCGUUUCCUGGAGUCAAAGUGGCGGUGCAGCUUGACAUGACACUGACGGGGGCCAGCUCCGGCUCCACGCGAAAGCUGGAAGAACAGAUUGAGAAGCUGGAGCAGAAGCUGAAGAUUUAUGUGCGCAAGAAGAAGACGGAGAAGGCGGAGAAUGCACGGCGGAAGAUUGAGGCGUACAAGUUGGCGCUGAAAGGUGAGGAGGUGGAUUUAACGGCGCUGGAAUCCGCGCAAUCGAACGCGCAAGGCGCAACCGAUCAUGAGCUAUCGGAGAGUGAAGAUGAGAGUAGUACAACUGCGCUGCAGGCGUUGAAGAGCAAAACACAGCAGAGCGAUGUGGUGCAGCUGCUGCGUCGCGAAGGCGUUGCGCUGCCGUCAAUGGGAGCCGGUGAAUCAGUGAUGGUCACGUUAUUCCUCGUGUGCAAACGCGCGCUCAACGAGUCAAUCCCGGUGUCGCAGUCUCAAACCAUGAAUAUGCUGUUUUACGAAGCGCGGGAUCAGGAGGCAAAUCGAAUUAUCCCAAUCGAUAUGAUUUUAAUGCGCACUCCCGGUGACACUCUUCCGCGUCAGCUGGCUGUCUCCGUCGACGUCGCUGCAGCCGCGCAGUUGUUGACUUCCGUGCCGUCAGUAGUCAACGCAACAAGUGCUCAAGGAAAGACGAGCAUCGAUGCGUCACGCGCGGACGUUGCGACCGACCCACUCACUGCACCCUCCACAGAAGCAGCGGCGAAGAGUACAUUUGUACCGUCGCGCGUGCAACAGGCUCGGCCACCCCCAUCCAUUCGCCUCGCCACGACAGGGGCUCUUGCGAACAGCGGCGGUGGUGGCCGUUUGUGCUCCACCUUCAUGGGCCACCCGUUGCUGGUCCUGCGCAACUGCAUCGUGAACGAUCAGACAGAGUUCAGCUUCCUCGUGGAGGCCGACGGCGACACCACGAUCGUGGUGCUCGAGCCGCGGCGGUGUGGGGGCAGCGUACCGGAGGUGUUGGAUGCCCGGUUCAAGCUAUUCCCGCGCAACGGGCACGUGCGCCUGCAGGAGCCGCUGCGCAUUGUAGUGGAGUGCACCGCACGCAGCGUUGGCCCGCAGAAGUAUUUUAUCCCCGUGAAGAACAUUCGCAACGCUGCAGAUGUGCACUACCUGACGGUGGAGAUGAAUCCAACCGAGGAAAACGACAUGCUCACCACGGAGCCGAAGGAGCUCCUUUUCCGGGACGUCCUCACGCCGUGCGCGCCGUCGCAGCUCGAGGCACAGGUGGUUCUGAUUCGCAGCCGCUUCCCCUUUCCGCACGCGCUUGUCGUGCGCACCAACAAGCCGUCUCAGCUUGCUCUCUUCGAGGAUGCCGCGUGCACCGUUCCCCUGGUUCAUCCGAUUCGGCGGUUUUUCAUCAAGGAGACGGUGCGGGUCUACGUGCAGCUGCGACCGGGCGCGCGCUACGUCGAUCCGCGCGCGCGCAGCAUUCACGCCGGUGUGCUGGUGGAGGCGCUCACGCCGAAUCCUGCCGUGUCGAGCACCGCCUUCUGCGUCGUCGGCAAGGCCGUGCUGCGCGCGGUGGCGUGCGUCGGCAGCGGCCUCGUGGAGGUGUUGCAGCGGAGCCUGGAGCUCGGAUGCGUGCAGCCCACCCAACACUACGUCAAGACGCAGCUGACGCUACGCAACACCUCCUGCAGCUUCGCGCUGCGCAUUGGACUGGUGCCGUCCUCGCCGCUGGUCGAGGUGGCGGAGGAGACCACACACGGUGAGGAGGAGCUCACACUCGCGCCCCUCGAGGAGCACGCCGUGCCGCUCGUGCUGCACCUGCCCGCACCAGGUCUCGCGCAGGAGUACAUUGAUGUAGUGAACCGCAGCACCGCGCAGGAGACGAUUCGUGUCUCGCUCAACGCGUUGCGCCUAAACGACGGCGUCGUACAAGUCGAGCCGGCGCUGAACACCCCGCUGACGUUUCCAAUGGCGGCGGUGGUGCGCGGCGAAAACGGCAAAGAGUUGCAUCUCCACCAGCCUGUGUCGUGCAGCAUCAAGAUGGCGAACUACCACAGCAAUCGCGAAGUUGUGCUGGCCACCUCGGCCAUCACGUCGGCCGCGCGCGAGCUUCCCUUGUGGUUUCAUACGUCGGACGAUGAGGCGCAGGUGCGCCACGCACUGGCGGAGGAGCAGCGGCAAGCAUUCAGUUCCGAGGAGGAUGCUGCUACGGCGGCAGCAUCGGGUGCCAGCUCCACAACUGCCGCCGGACCGCGCUCCGGCACUACCGCGCCACUUUCCACCACCCCCACCACCACAAGUCCGCCGCCGUCUUCCACGUACGUGAAGGGACGCGUCGAGCUGCAGGCGAAUCGCGCGCAGGUCGUCGUGUGGACGCUGACAGGAUUACCCGGCCUGACCGCGGCGGAGGUGGAGGCGGUGUUGCGGCAUCAGCUGGUCACCAUUUCGGCCACACUGCACGUGUGCGUGACGUACACCGCACACUCGGCAAAGACGGCUGCCGCCUCUCCGCGGCGGCACAACAACCGAUACAGCGGCCCAGCAGUGGGGCAGUGUGUGCUCGUGGUACCCGUCACGCUGUCCAUGUCCAUGAGUGAAGGACGCGCGGAGCCGGCGGUGGUGCAUCUGGGACUGGUGGCCAAAUCAGCGUCACCGCCCGCCUCCCCCACCUCCGCAACCGCCGAGGAGUCCAGCAGCAGCAGCAGCGACAACGAUGCAACAGCGGCGGACGACGGGGCAGCGACGUCUGGCAACGGCAACAACGAGGAGGCUGUCUUUGCCGCGCGGGUGCGCCGGCGCCGUCGCGUCCGCCUCGCGCAGCUUCGCCGGCCUGGCAAUCAUCAGCAGUUCAGCUGCGACGGCGGCAAGUCGGGGCUGCAGCAGUCGUCGAGCCACAACAUGGUGGUGUCCUUCCGCCUGGUAAACCUGUCCGCGGUGAUGCCGCUGCCGCUGAAGGUGGAGUGCCCGCCGGUCAUCCGGUUCAGCCAGGCGCGGCUGACGGUGCCGCCCGGUGCGACGGUGUCGGUGGAUGCCACGCUGAACCUCAAGCUGAUCACAACGCAGGGCAAUUUUCGCUACGAGGCCUUCUUUGUGAAUGAGUGGAACCCCGAGAACGACAUGGCCGUCUGCAUCACCGGGCAGCACUACUGGAAAGUGUUUAACAUCGUCCGCACCGACACCGAGGAGGAGCUGCGUGACGCCGUCACCUUGUCCCCGCUGCACGUGGAGCCGUCGCUGCAGGCACCGCUGUCGGAGCUGAAGCUCGCCUUUGUCGCAACGGAGCCGGACGUGGCGUUCGACCUGCACGUUCAGCCGAACCCGCAGCUCGACGGUUUACUGGAGCUGCUCCUUCUGCACUACGACGCAACGUCCGCCGCAACGCAUUUAAGCUUCCGCAGCGACGCGACGGCGCCACUGACCGGGGCGGCGGCGAAUGCCUCAGUGGGUGGUGCGGUGACGGCCGCUGCAUCGAGCGCCGCCGCUGUCGCUGCCGACGCAGCGACGGUUGGAAGCCUCACUUCACCGGGCAACGUCGUCGCGCCGGGCUCGGUGUCCGGCCUGAGCGCUACCAUGCGCAGCGGAACGUGGACUCCGUUGUCAUUGGGCGACUCCGUUGUCGCCUCUGCCGGCACCGCUGGUCUGUCGCGUUCCUCGCAGAACACCUCGUCCGGCAUCGGUGGUGGUGCAUUACCAGCCGCAGCGGCGGUGGCAGCGGCUGCCCCCGUCAGCACCACGCCCACCGAAAAGCCCCGCAAACAAGCCGCCGGCACGUCCAGCGGCUCAGGCGGAGCCAACGCCACGUCUAGCGCCGCCACCACCACAACGCGGUCGCAGCGGCUGCGGCUACGAUGUAUGCUGCGCAGCGGCGACUUGGCCGCUCUCGUGUCGCUCUUUUACGGCUUCCGCCGAUCGCGCGCCAACGCGGCGGCCGUCGUGGUCGCAGGGCAGAGCAUCAGCGAGACAGGCGGUCCUGCCGGAACGGGCUCAGCCGCGAAAGGCACUGCGACAGCGGACAGCCCGGGAGCCGCCGCCGCAACCAACGGCAGCAACAGCGGCAGCACCUCGUCGAGCUGGACGUAUGAGCGCAUUGCGGAGGUCGAGCGGCGCAGCGCAGCUCUCGUGUCGAACAACGUGUGGCUCGGCACGGUGUGGGUGGCCAACCCGUUUACAGAGGAUGAGGAAGUGCAGGUGUACAGCACGCUGAGCACCUUCCGCACUUUUUCUGCACCGUCGAAGGUAUCGCUGCGCCCCAGCCGCAUCAGCGUGGCGCCGGCAGACGGCAGCAGUCGAACGCUGCAGAUCGGGUACGUGGGCGAAAUCACCAUCACGAAUGAGUUCAACGCGUACGUGGCGGACUUGUCCGUCGCGGUGCUCGUCAGCGAUCGGCUGGGGGUGCCGCUGGAGAUCGACGUGCGUGGCGGACAGCGCGUCGUGGCGUCCUCACCGAUCGGCAGCGUUGGCGGCGGCGGCGGUGGCGGCACGGCGGCCUCGCUAGCCGAGACAAUGCGCAGCGACGCCACGCUCGCGGCGGAGGCCAAUUCGAAUCUCGCAGCGGCGUCCAGCACGAACGUGCCGACCGCUGCCUCCACGCCGGCACCGACACCGGUGUUGGCGACGUCGUUUGUUGCAGCAGGUGCGGUGGGCGGGUCACCGCCGGUGUCGCCGCUACACUGUCUGCUGCUCGGCCCACACGAGGCGGUGGUGCUGACGGUGGCGGUGCGCGUUGCGGGAGAUGCGCGUGCGGUGUCCACUGCCUCCGCGACCGGCUCUGCGUCCACGACGACCACCACCACGCCGACGGUACCGCCGUUGUCUCUCACUUCGCUGGAGCAGUUCGUGUCGGUGCUGAUUAUAGAUAACAACGUCCCUUUCAGCUAUCACGUGAGCCGUGUGAGCGUAACGACGCCGCCCGAUGGUGUGGAGGCGCUGCCGACGGUCACGCUGAGUGCGUCGCUGCCGCUUGCACAGAAUUUAGCCACCACCACCGCCGGCGCGCCAGCAGCGGCACUGCCAGCCUCACCAAAGGCGGAUGAACAGACCGCAGCGAUGGCGGCCGUCGUGACGAGCAGCGCAGAUCGCGCGAAGGAAAGCGGAGGCAAGAACAACGAUAUACGGAACGCCACACCGCCGCCUGCCAGCGCAACGACCAGCCGCGGCGAAGCGCGCGCCGCAGCCUCUGGUGGUGCUACCGCCACUGGCGCUGCGGUGGCAGCAAGUGCGACGGGUGAGGAAGUUUCGGUGCCGCCGUCCGCUGCUGCGGGGCUGCGCACCGUCGAGACGACCUCCAUCGAGGCUCCAGAGACGAGCACUGAAGGUGCCGGUGGCAGCGGUGGUGGUACGGGGGGCGCAAGUGCGGUACCGAGCGCGGUGCGACCCCACGACAGCGGAGCGGAAGCCGCGGCGCCGAACACCUCGGCGACGAUGGUGGUGCCCGCCAUUGCGCCGGACGCGACGGGACCGCGGCACUGGGUGCUGUCACUGCGGAACUGCGAUCCGCUGCCGGGCUGCGGCGGGGCGUACGUCUCCAACUUCGCCGUCUCGCGCGACGACAGCUACGACCCCAGCAUUCUCAUCACAAAUCACCUGCCCAACACGGCGGUGCGCUACACCGUGCAGGUCGUCUCGCAGAGCCCGCAGGUGUGGCUGCUGCUGACGUCGUCGUCCGGCGUGUUGGCCGGCGGAGAGACACAGCCGCUGCGUCUGCAGGUGCUCUCCUCCGACGUUGGAUCGUUUAUCGGCUACGUGGCGAUCACCAACUCCCACGACACGCGCGAGGUGGUGUACCUGCGCGUCAACGCCGAAGUUUUCAUCGCCGGCACCGCCGAGGGUCUUUUUGAUGUCGUCGCGAUGAACGGCGGUCACCGACUGGCCACGACCAGCGCUGUGCACAACGUGGACAUGGGUGCGCUGUACGGCCCGGGCACUACCCGCACUCUCAUCACGCUUGAGAUCGUGAACAAAGGCAACGUGGCGCUGGAGUUCCCGGUGUCGGUGGUGCACCCGAUGCGGCAGGAGCUGCGGCCCAUCCCACCCACGGCAUGGGACGGCAGCGCAACCACCACGGCGACAUACCGACGCCGACACGCCAAUGCAGCCGUCGUGCCGCAUCAAAUUGCCGGCAACGGUAUCAAAAGCAACAGCGGUGGUGGCGUGAACUCACCCACUCCCAACUCGCUGUCCGCGUCACCAUCGACGCUGCAAAGCACCGCACAGGCGUCUGCCGCUGCGACGACAGCGGCAGGAAACUCGUUGAUGCUGUAUGAGAUGCCGCUGCACAACCAACCACCGCAGCGCAGCCCCCACCAACAGCACCAUCAUCACCAACACCACCAACGUGGGGUAUCGCGUGUGGGCCACGCGACGGCCACCUCCGCCGCGGCCGGCGCGGCUUCUGCGGUCGGCAGCUUCUUCUCGUCGACGCCCUUCGAGGGCAAGCUGACGGUGUCGCACAUUCACACCGUGGCGAUGCGCACAGGCCAGAAGUACUUCGUCGUCGACCCGCACUCGCCGCUGCGGCUCGCCUUCCUGCUCAGCUGCACCGCACUGCACGACAUGCCCGACGGCUACAGCGUUGUGGGCGAGGCAGACGUGGUCUUCAAGUGUAAGCAGGCACGCGAUGCUCAGUUCACCUUCAACGUCAAGUUCGAAGCUUUCAAGCCGACGUUUUCAGUGGCGUUGGAGUACGACAUGGACGCAGCAGAGACCGCCGCAGCGAGUGCGGCGACAACGCACCCGACCGCUUACGAGAUGAGCGACCGCACGCUCUCCGGCACGCCAUCGCCGGCCGCGACGUCCCUCACCUCCCCCUCGCCGCCUACUCCGACUCCUGCGGCGCGUCCCGUGCACACCGCUGCUGCUGCUUCCGUUGUCGCUUCUUCAUUAUCUCCCCCCUCCGCGGCGUCGUCUUCGCGGUGGGCCGAGACAGCGGUCGCCGUCACGAACCUCAGCCGCACCCACGCCCAGACCUUCAUCCUCUUUUCGCAGUCGGAGGUGCUCACGUUGUCGACUGCCGUGUCCAGCGCCGUGUCCGAUGCACCACCGGGCAGUCAGCUGCUGCCACCCGCGCACGGCGGACUCUGCAACGACGACGGCGGCGCCACGACAGCAACAGUAGCCGGUGCGCUGCCUGCCUCACCGGCGGUGGAGAUAACGGUGGCGCCGCAGUCCGUCGGUGUCUUCCUCGUGCGCCUCGACCGCCUCCGCGCGGAGGCUCUGCUGAACUUCGACAAGGACGAGUCGAAGCUCGCACGACCGGCGCUGUGUGAACACGCCUACCUGUACAACAAGGGCAACCCGCGCGAGCGUGUGCAGCUCCUCUUUCGUCAGCACGCCGUCUCCGCCGCGGCACCGCGGCAAAGCGGGGUGGAGGCCGCCAUGAUGGCCGCCGGGCCCGUCUCGCCGACGCGUGCGGACGCAAAGCCGGUGAAGAGCAGCAGCGCUCAGCACUUCAGCGAGCGGCACAUUCUCAGCUUUGCGCAGCGCUUUGCGGCGGUGCUGACGUCGCUUGCAGACCGCCUGCCGUUUGUUGUGGCGCGCAGUGACGAUGCGGCGGAUGGCGGCGGUGUGGGCGGUGCGAAAGGCAGCGCGGGUGAUUACGCCGGCGCUGUCGGAGCGGCAAGUCUCACUGGACCGUUGCGCGCGCCCGUCGUGCAGAAAGGCCUGUCGCGUGCCGCCACUCCUGGUCGGCCGCCGCAUCGCAGGACCGGGCAGCACGAUAGACGCGGCGUCGACUCCUCCGACGACUCCACCAGCGACGACAACAGCGCGUCAACGAUCACCAGCAGCAGCAGCGACGACGAUGACGACACCGUCAGCGGCAGCGGCGACGGGUCGGCGACGCGCACGGCUGCCGAUGAGGCAGACCGCGCGUUGAACAGCACCUGUACGGAGGAUAGCAGCGGUGCACUGGCCCGCACAAUGCGUGAGGUUGUCGAGGAGCUGGGCAGCAGAGACCUCGACGCAGCGGGGCCGGUUGCUCGUCUCGGUUCCAAGGCGACACGGAGCAGCAGUGAGGGCCUCGAGGUGGACCGCCGUCAGGGGCCGCAAACACCGUCGGCAUUCAUGUCGCAGCCGCGCGUGCGCAGCGCGGAGAGCAGCGUGGACGCCGGCGCCUUCACGCCGGGCUCUGCAGCUCUGCUGGCUACCGCCGGCGGUGGCAGCACCCGCAGCAGCGUCGGCUACCGAAGUGGUGAGGAAAGCAGCUGGUACGAGGCCUUCUCCACGCUGCGUUAUUUGCUGGUGGAGGUGACGUGGCUGUGCGACGAGCUUCUCUUCUACGCGCUUCUCCUGCGCAACUCGCGCCACGUUGAGGCCUGCGGAGCUUUUCUCGUCUCCGCCGUCGCGCAGCAUCCGGUGAUGGUGGCGUGGCGCCGUCGCCGCGGUGGCGGUGGUGGUAGCGGCAGCCGUGCACGCGAGUACGACAUUUUCGGUCGCUUCCUCGACACCAUCGAUGCCCUGCCGCGCACCGCCAACUCGUCUUCGUGA